GUGAAUGCGGGUGAGUGCGUGUGCCGAGCGGGACUGGAUGGCAGGUCAAUCAAGCAGAGAUGGCGUCUUGAACCAUCUGGUAGAUAACACGCUGCGCUCCACAACCACGCGUCAAACUUGCCUGGGGAAGCAACUCAGAUAUCUGCCCCGUUGCAUCAUGGCUCUAGACUCCUGGUGAUGGAUGUUCAGAGGGUCUAUCCAUCAGUAAAGUCGCCCUAUUUUUGUAUCAUGGAGAGGAAACGUGACAUGAUGUUGUAAAGGUUGCCAAGCAGCCCAACACGACAUUUAACAGAGCUGUCGCUGUCCAUGGCAAAUACACCGAUGAGAACCGUUUUCAACGCCUACACUCGGAAGAGAGCCUCAUGAGACAAGCUUUCACGAGACAAGGACGUCACGCGCUGGGCUGCG